UUCCGAACAAUGUUCUUGCUAACCACUGGUGCGCUAAUCGUGCUGAUACAGCAGCAGCUGGUACGAAUGCAAAUCUCAGCCGCAGCUGCCGAAUAUCCAUGGACUUUCGACAAUGACCUGUUUGGAGGUAAGACGAAACUUACUUUCUAA